CUCUACAUCAGUUCCCUCUGUAAAUAGGUUGAGGCGGUAGCCACAGCACCGACAGUCACCAUGGUUCAAUUCAAGAGCAUCAUCGCCCUUCUUCCCCUCUUCCUCUCCGCCUCUCUCGCCUCUCCCUCCGCCAGGAAUAACCUCGAAAGCCGCGAAAGCUGCGAGUACACCUGCGGAAGCACCUGCUACUGGUCUAGCGAUGUCAGCGCAGCUAAGGCCAAGGGAUACUCUCUUUACGAGUCUGGGGAUACUAUUGACGACUACCCGCACGAGUACCACGACUAUGAGGGGUUCGACUUCCCCGUCAGCGGCACAUACUACGAGUAUCCUAUCAUGAGCGACUACGAUGUUUAUACUGGUGGCUCGCCUGGAGCGGAUCGCGUGAUUUUCAACGGAGACGAUGAAUUGGCGGGUGUGAUUACGCAUACGGGUGCUAGUGGUGAUGACUUUGUGGCUUGCUCUUCCUAGGAAGGUGUGGUGUAAUUAGAGUGGUGUUAUGUGGAAUGUCAUGUUGAUGAUAGAGACAGAGUUGCAUAUUGUGUAGGGCACAGACUUGCGAUUCUAAAGCGAGAAAGAAAGUAGACUGGUAAGGGUGGGAGUUUCUUAGGAAGGGUAAACUGCGGUCGCAUUACUUUCUUUGCUCUACGUGACUUUCGAGAAACUACUGAUGCUCUUGUGCAAUAAAACGCCGGUUGAU